GCCUGUAAUCUCUCUCACUCUCUCCUCUCCUCACUACCAAGGAGCUUUGGAGAGGCUCUUAAGAACAAAGCUAUAUAUAAACAUUGGAGGAGUCUGAAAAUUAAGUGAACUUGCACAAGGAUUUAUUGUGUCAAUAAUCUGAAAGGAAAACUAGCUUCGUUCUUGACCACCGAGCCAAGUGACAGUUUGAAGAAACUUUCUCCAGUCCAGCAAAAGUUGAUCUCCAAAGUCUCUCGAGUCCCAGCCACAGCAACCAGAAUGGAGCUUCAGAAGAUGAACGGACACAGCAGGGAAGACGGGUUCGAUGGGCUGGAUGCCCUGGCCGAACAUGAGGAGUUUCUUCCACAUAAAACCGGUGUCAAGAAAGCAACCCACUUCACAGAUUUUGAGGGGAAGACUUCAUUUGGCAUGUCCAUCUUUAACCUCAGUAAUGCCAUAAUGGGCAGUGGAAUUCUGGGAUUGGCUUUUGCGAUGUCCAACACCGGAAUCAUUCUUUUUCUAAUCCUGCUGGUGUCCAUUGCCAUUCUGUCAGCAUAUUCAAUUCACCUCCUGCUGAAGAGUGCUGGAGUUGUUGGCAUCCGGGCGUAUGAGCAGCUUGGAAAUCGGGCUUUUGGUGCUCCAGGAAAAAUGCUGGCUGCAUGCAUCAUUACAAUACACAACAUAGGAGCAAUGUCCAGCUACCUCUUCAUUGUCAAGUCUGAGCUCCCACUGGUUAUUCAAGCUUUCCUGGGUAAACACGAAAUCACAGGAGAGUGGUACUUGAAUGGAAACUACUUGAUCAUCAUCGUUAGUGCUUGCAUCAUCCUUCCUCUAGCACUCAUGAAACAACUUGGUUACUUGGGCUACACAAGUGGGUUCUCCCUCUCCUGCAUGGUGUUCUUCCUAAUUUCGGUUAUCUACAAGAAAUUCAACAUCCCGUGUCCACUGGAUGACGAACAUCACAACACAACUCCUAUUGCUGAUGACCACGCUCUCAUUAACGGAACAGACGAUUUCUGUGAGGCCAAACUAUUCACCGUCAACUCACAGACAGCGUACACCAUUCCAAUUCUGGCCUUCGCUUUCGUCUGCCACCCAGAGGUGCUACCAAUCUACACUGAGCUACGAGAUGCCACCAAGAAACGUAUGCAGAAAGUCGCCAACACCUCCAUCCUGGCCAUGUUCGUCAUGUACCUGCUAACAGCUCUGUUUGGUUACCUCACCUUUUAUGGUGCUGUGGAGUCGGAACUGUUACACACCUACAGUAAAGUGGACACGCUGGAUGUCCUGAUUCUCUGUGUGCGUCUGGCUGUGCUGGUGGCCGUCACUCUGACCGUCCCCGUCGUUCUUUUCCCGAUCCGCAGAGCAGUGCUCCAGAUCCUGUUCCCUGAGAAGCCGUUCAACUGGGCCAUACACAUCACAAUUGCAUUUUGUCUCAUCUUUGUGGUCAACAUCCUGGUUAUCUUUGUGCCCUCCAUUCGCGACAUCUUUGGCCUCAUCGGAGCCACAUCUGCCCCCAGCCUCAUCUUCAUCCUACCAGGAAUCUUCUAUGUCCGGAUCGUUCCUGAUGACGAGGAGCCUUUUCUGUCAAGACCCAAGAUUCAGGCCGCAUGCUUUGCCGCACUGGGAUUCAUCUUCAUGGUCAUGAGUUUGUCGUUUAUCAUCAUUGACUGGACGACUGGGGAGUCUAGAAGCGGAGGCGGGCAUUAGCCGUCGUGACUGAACAGAGAUACUACAAAAAAAAAAAUGCCAACCAAAGCUCUCCCUGUCAUUAUAAAUUGCCCCUCAUCUACAGAGUUCUCAACCAAAGCCAAACAGGAAAGUUUGGCUGCACAAGACGAAGGAUAUGUGAAGAACCUUCACUUGAACCAAAAAAAGAAAAAGAAUGCAUUUUGACAUGUGAUGGGGCCGGUGAAAGGCCCAGUAACAGAGGGGAUGCAUGAGAAUACAAAGCAAUGUGUUCUGACUGAAUAAAACCUAUGUCACGCCUCGCAGUAAGGGUGUUGUUCGAAGGCACGUGUAAAGACAGAAAAGGGAUGAAUGGGAACAGCAUGACUCAAAUGGAAAUCCCAUUUUAGAGUAUGGAUGUGUACAGUUCUGUGGAAUAGCUCAGUCACUGCCAAAAUCCUCCCAGUCUACUUCCCUACCAUUUCAGAUUUUACAGGACAGAAAUAUGUCAUAAGACAAUCAGUUUACCAGGAGUUUUUUUUUUAUUAAUACAAAAAAAAGCAUUUCAGCUUAUUCAACCAUCAGGUCUUUAGAUUAUAAAUUCAGGACUGUAAAAUUUGCUGGUGUAGUGUUGUCUAAGGCCCUGUCUACAUGUAUACAGAUAAUUUUGUAAAUGGAUAUUUUCUUUUACGAUUUGGCCUCUCGUCCACAAGCAAACAGAGUUUUAGGUCAUUUUUAAAAAUGCUUUCUAAAGUGCUGAUUUUUUGAAACUGCGGUUCCAUGUGUUGGCAUGUAAAACAGAGCAUUCAAUAACAUAAUGCUCUCAAAUUAUGCAUUCCUGUUGUUGCUUUGUGUAAUGAGCAUAUGCUAGAAAGAACAGCUACGGCCAAUGACCGGUUUGCUAAUGUUUUGUUAGCACUGCUUGGUCUAAUGACUACUUUACACUUAAACCUAGUAUUGCUACGCCACUUCUCGGACAAACAGACCUAACAUUUUUGCUCCACCUCAGUGUCCACCUUUGAAGUACGCUAAAGCUAAAGGUUUUUGAUCGAGCUGGUCAAACCAGCAGAUGUUGGAUUGUAAAGGAUUGGAAGGAAAACUUUUUCAUGUUGAGAGCGGUACUCGUAUCUUUGAGUUAGCUCCACCGUCCUUAAACUGAACGAGAAUAAAAGUUGAUGAGAUCUCCAGUUGGUGUUUUGAAAAAGCUAACGUUAGCCUGUACACCUUACUACCAUCAUGGCGAGGUAGCCGGCAAGUAUUUGGAGUCGUUUUGAAUGAUAACCCCUUGUGGCAGAGACUCGAGUAGAGGACCCAUAACUGAGCCUUGUGGCACUCCACAUGCAAUGUUUAUUCUUUUUAAUCAGGGAUUUCAUUUUAGACAAAAAGAAAUAUUUAACAGGUUAAUAGGCCUGAGACCAAUUUAUGGUGUUGGACAUUUUAUUCUCCUUCUUAAAUACGUCAUAACAAUGUUUUUAGGCCGAUCUUGAAUUUACGAACUGCACAUCACAAGGCCAAAAUACUCUCUUAUGCAUUCUAGUGUGUACAGAGAUUUUUAAAAACUCAGGGCCAAAAUUAAAAAAAUAUCUGUAUAGGUGUGGACAUGGCCUAGUCUCCACAAACUUGACAGAUUCAGCUAAAAAUGACCGGUCUGCAGUUUCACACUAACCAUUUUAGUCUACCAAAAUACAACAGCUUCUACAUGGCGUUAAAGAAAUGUUCUUUAUGUAAUAUAUGUGUUUAUCUAUUCUGACACUCAGCAUGUCUGUUGUAAAUACGAUCACCUUCAAACCUCAGCCUGAAGUGAUCUUGUAUUAAAGAAUCCAACAGACACAGUGUUUGUGGUGUUCGGCUGCUAUCUAUGAAGGUCAAACAGACAGUUACUGACGCUCGCGUGUAAAUCGACAGACACAGAGAGGUGGUUUGUACAAUUUUUAAAGUUUUUAUGUAUUAUUGAAAAAAUCCCUCAUUGAAAACCAAAGAAUAGAAUAUAGUGUUACAGUAACAUAUGAUGUAACACACUAUUUUUUUUUUUACAAUAUUCGGCAAAGGCCAAUAAAAAUUCAGUGUUAAAAAUGCUGUGUCUGUUUUAGCAGUCCCAGAAA